UUUUUUUUUUUUUUUUUCCUCCCUUGCUCUCCGAACAGCAGCUACACACUAACAUCGCCGAUCUCCGAUCGCCGCCACGCCCCCCACCGCCACUUUUCUCUCUCUUCUUCUUAUCCCACUCUGUGCUGCAACCUUACGUCGCAGGCGUUCCCAACAGAGGGUAAAUGAGAUCUCUCAAAGCCGCCACCUCCAACAAUGGCAGCAGCAGGAGGCUUACGCUUCUUCAUCUCGUUUGUGCUGCUGCACUCUUCUCUCUUGUAGUUUUCGUCAUUCAAUCCUCCUUCUUUGCAGGUUAUCAGCAGCCUCUUGCAGAUCUCAACAAGGAGGAGGUCCGGAUUUUGUCGGAUUUUCAGUCCAGCAUUCAGCAAUGCGUGGCAAACAGGGGACUUGGACUCACUGCUCAUAUUAUUGACCACUGCAAGCUAAUUCUCAAGUUCCCAGAAGGCACAAAUAGUACCUGGUAUAAUGAGCAGUUCAAGAUCUUUGAGCCAUUGGAAUACCCAUAUGAUGUGUGUGAGGCCAUACUAUUGUGGGAACAGUAUCGCAACAUGACUACUGUCUUGACGAGAGAGUAUUUGGAUGCAAGGCCUGAUGGGUGGUUUGAUUAUGCUGCAAAGAGGAUAGCACAAUUGGGAGCAGAUAAAUGUUACAAUAGAUCUCUUUGUGAGGAACACCUAAAUUUGAUCCUGCCAUCCAAACCUCCUUUUCACCCCCGGCAGUUUAAAACCUGUGCAGUUGUGGGAAACUCUGGAGAUCUUCUAAAGACGGAGUUUGGUGAAGAAAUCGACAGUCAUGAUGCUGUUAUUCGUGAUAAUGAGGCACCUGUAAAUGAAAAAUAUGCCAAAUAUGUUGGUCUGAAGAGGGAUUUUCGUCUUGUUGUAAGAGGUGCUGCUCGCAAUAUGAUUAAAAUUCUAAAUGGGUCUGAUGAUGAGGUACUUAUUAUCAAGAGCGUGAUUCACAGAGACUUUAAUGCAAGGAUCAAGCUUAUUCCAAAUCCAGUUUAUCUCUUCCAAGGUAUUGUUCUACGUAGAGGUGCCAAGGGAACUGGAAUGAAAUCUAUUGAAUUAGCUCUCUCUAUGUGUGAUAUUGUUGACAUAUAUGGUUUCACGGUUGAUCCUGGCUACACUGAAUGGACAAGGUACUUCUCAACGCCCAGGAAAGGCCAUAACCCGCUUCAAGGAAGGGCAUACUACCAGCUAUUAGAGUGCCUCGGCGUUAUAAGGAUUCACUCUCCGAUGAGAUCAAAGAGGAAGCAAGACUGGUCUGAUGUUCCCGAUCGAGAAACGAUUAGGAGGGCUCAUGCUGCAGCCUUGAGCUUAAAGAGGCGUCAAUCCGGGCAAGGGGGCGAUUUGGGACAGUUUGGUAGCUGUAAAGUGUGGGGCAAUGUGGAGCCUGGAAUGGAAGGUCCUAUCUCAGGAUCCCCUGAUAUGAGUGAUACCAGGAAAAAAUCAAGUUACAGUAAGUGGGAACUUACACCUUUUAACAGUUUGAGAAAAGAAUCACAAGAUCAUUUCAAGCAGAUGGAAGGGGUCUCCCUCUACAAAAUGGACGGUAAUAAGUUGGACGAUCUCGUAUGUGUUAGACAUUCUUUAGAUUCCGUCGCAUAAACAACGCUCUCGACGAUAUGCUAUUUGCCAAUACCUUCUCCCCAAUUAGGACUCACCCGUUACACAUAUCGACGAUAUCCAUGGUUGUUUAGAGUAUCCCUUCCUUCAGCUCUGGCUGAUUGCUAGGCACAAGCAGUAGAGGCAACAUAGAAAUAUCAGUCCUUUCUGCGAGAUCGGUCGAGACGUCGUGUGCUAUCUUCUAUGCCUGACUUAGAACUCGGAGCUACCAAGUAUACGGUAUGGCUUUUAGUUCGAGUCAAUUUAUUCAUCUGCUUUGUUUCUAAAUAGAUUGUAAAGCUUGUAUUUUAGCCUCUGAAAGAAAAGUGUAUCAUUAUUUAUUCUUGCGAUUAUUUGUAAAGACUGUGAAGGUGAAAAAAUGUCCAUUAAGUAACGUGGAGGGAAUGAAGUAUUUCUUACAAGGGUUUGGAAACUUC